CUCUCUAUUAUAUCAUCACCUCUUUUUCAUCUACUACUACACUCUCACAUUAUUACAAUUCACAAACAAAACCAAACAUAGCUUCGUGAAUCUAAACCAAAAUGGUGAAGCUAGCGUCAGCACGCGAGAGCCGAAUGUACGGGCCAGUCCGGACCCGAAACAGAUCCGAGUACAUGAACGCUGGGCUCUACGUAUUUGCAACUGUUAUGUUACUCGGUGGCUUCGUUGCACAGUUUUCUAUGGAGCGCAGAUCGGGCUUAGUGGUGAUACUCAUUGGGCUUGGAUUCAUUAUACUUGUGAAUGUUCAUGAUUUGGUGGCUCAUCUUGCGGGCAUUGAUUACAGGCUUUUUUCGUUGAUGGAACAUGACUUGCAAUUGGGCCUUGUGGAAUUUGCCGUGCCUGUGGUCCAGUCCAUUGGGACGCUCCUUUCUUUUUUGGCUAUUCUCUUUAUUUUCAUUCAGGAGGAAAUGGGAUAUGGUUACUAUAAAUGGGAGAAACAUGCAGUGAACAUGCUAAUUGCAGGUGCUGCUUUGUGGUUGCUAGGAUCCGUACACAACUCGUGCCAGAUCUAUGAAAGGGCGGAUGCUCAUGUUCAGGUUUUGCAAGAGAGCGUUCACAUCCCGUUCCUUUUGGGAAGCUUACUGUUCUUGGUAGGAUCGGUGCUGAAUUGCCAAGAGCAGGCAGGAAUGUUUCAUCAUGGACUAGAUUUAUUGAGUGGAACACUGAUCUGGUUAGGUAUAUGUGGAAGCUUUCUGUUUUUCGUUGGUGGAUUAGCAAAUGUGAUCAAAGUGUUCAAGAUGCAACAAGUAGAUGGUCUAAGGCUAGAGAAACUAAGACGCGGAGCACAAGAACGAUUAGCUGAUGAACGGGAAGCCCGAGUCCCUCUCAUCCUAGAAGAGCAGGGGAGGAGAAAAAGGAAUAAUGUAGAAGUUCAACAUACCACAACUCCGAAUCCAACCCCUUACAGAGAUGUUCUUGUUGGUCAGACUUGAGCAAUUGAUACUUCUAUUUACAUGACAUCACCGUGUCUGUCUGUGUCCUAUUGUAAUACUAUUCUGUAAUCAUACUCUAGGUCUAUGGCUUUUAAGUUGCUCUGUAAACUCAUUUGAUCCACAUAUCAUGCAGAAACGACUUCUUCCAUUUCUUCUUUGCUUUGAUUA